CCAUUUUAUCUAGGGUUUUUUCCCCGUUUCCUCCUCUCUGACCAGUGCCGUGUGUCGCCGAGCUGCUAGUAUCAGAUCGCCCACCGGUGCCGACCGAGAUCGCCCGAGUUUUUUCUGAGUAGGUGCCGUCCGGCUUUCAGUUCACAAACAACGCCCCCCCCCCCCGGGUGCGGUCACGGUCGGCACGGCAUCUAGUAGACCGAACUCGGUUCCUUCUGCGAUUUGACCCUCCCACCGAACCAAUUGGGUCGUUAUACAGUAAAUCCGAGGGAGAGAUUGGAUGCUACCUUGAGCCAAAAUAAAAGGGGAGCCUCAACUCCGCUGUGCCAAAAUGGUUCUAUAAAGCACGUUUUGGAUGUAAUUGAAGGUCAAAAAGAAAGAUUUCGCGACUCUCCUUGAAAUCAGAAUGGUCGAUAGCAAUGCAUCAUCUGGAUCGCCUGAAGAAACUCAAAACCCUAUUCCUGAUGGGAAUGAACCUUCCGAGAAUGACCUCACACUUGAUGCUCUAACUCGAAAAGUUCAAGAAUCUCUAUCGCUUGGAAAGAGACAUAAGUUUUGGGAAACCCAACCUGUUGGGCAAUUCAAGGAUCGGGGGGACAGCAGUUUGCCUGAGGGUCCAAUUGAACCCCCAACCCCCUUAUCUGAAGUCAAACAAGAACCCUACAACCUACCCAACGCAUAUGAGUGGAUUACUUGUGAUCUUGAUUCUGAUGAGAUGUGCAGUGAGGUGUAUAACCUUCUCACUAAUAACUAUGUCGAGGAUGAUGAGAACAUGUUCAGAUUUAACUAUUCAAAGGAAUUUCUUCGUUGGGCUUUACGCCCUCCAGGCUAUUUCAGGAGUUGGCACAUUGGUGUCCGUGCCAAAAUUUCGAAGAAGUUGGUUGCUUUCAUUACUGGCAUUCCUGCCAGAAUUCGGGCCCGUGAUGAUGUUGUCAACAUGGCAGAGAUUAAUUUCCUUUGUGUGCAUAAAAAGCUCAGAUCAAAGAGACUUGCUCCUGUCAUGAUCAAAGAGGUGACCAGGAGGGUUCACUUGGAGAAUAUAUGGCAGGCAGCUUAUACUGCUGGAGUGGUUCUUCCAACUCCAGUUUCAACCUGUCAAUAUUGGCAUAGAUCUUUGAAUCCAAAAAAGCUGAUUGACGUUGGGUUUUCCAGACUUGGUGCGAGGAUGACAAUGAGUCGAACUAUUAAGCUUUACAAGCUGCCAGAUUCCACAGUCACUGAAGGUUUCAGGAAAAUGGAGCUCCAUGAUGUUCCUUCAGUGACACGGUUACUAAGGACUUAUUUGAACCAAUUUAUUGUUGCACCGGAUUUUGAUGAAAAUGAUGUGGAGCAUUGGCUUCUUCCAAAGGAGGAUGUCGUCGAUAGUUACCUGGUUGAGAGUCCUAAAACCCAUGAGAUAACUGAUUUCUGCAGUUUCUACACGCUGCCUUCAUCUAUCCUUGGCAACCAGAAUUAUACGACUUUGAAGGCUGCUUAUUCCUAUUAUAAUGUUGCCACGAAAACUCCUUUGCUUCAAUUAAUGAAUGACGCUCUUAUUGUGGCAAAACGGAAGGAUUAUGAUGUUUUCAAUGCAUUGGAUGUCAUGCAGAAUGAAUCUUUCUUGAAGGAACUUAAAUUUGGGCCAGGUGAUGGGAAACUGCACUACUAUCUUUAUAACUAUCGUAUAAGACAGGCACUGAGGCCACCCGAGCUUGGGCUGGUGCUCUUAUAGUUUGAUUUCGCAAAUUUUGAUUGAGGAUUAGAACUACUCUGCUAAAGUUUUCUGAUAAGUUUGGUUGUAAGUUUGCAUCGUUUUUGGGGAAUCCGCUUAAUUUUAUUGUGUCAAUGAAAAAAAAAAAAAAAAUUGUGGAAAUUUGUAGGAAUUUGUGGAAUGCAAUGCCUUCCACAUAUUGUUCAGAAAUUGAAAUUUCUCAAAAAUAUUCUCAUUA